AUGGUAGCCUUGGGCUCGCUGCUCGUCUGCCUCCUGGUCGGCGGCCUGGAGCUGCGGGCCCGGGGGGAGGCGGCCCCGGGGGCGCGGCGGCCCCAGGAGUCCGAGGGCCCGGCCGCCUGCCCCGUGUGCGCCUGGCGCCAGCACAGCCGGGAGCUGCGCCUGGAGACCAUCAAGUCGCAGAUCCUCAGCAAGCUGCGGCUCAAGGAGGCGCCCAACAUCAGCCGCGAGGUGGUCCACCAGCUCCUGCCCAAGGCGCCGCCGCUGCAGCAGAUCCUCGACCUGCAGGACUUCCAGGGCGACGCGCUGCAGCCCGAGGCCCUCCUGGAGGAGGACGAGUACCACGCCACCACCGAGACCGUCAUCAGCAUGGCUCAGGAGACGGACCCGGCCGUGCAGACAGACGGAAGCCCACACUGCUGCCACUUCCAGUUCAGCCCCAAGGUCAUGUUCACCAAGGUGCUGAAGGCCCAGCUGUGGGUGUACCUGCGGCCCGUGGCCCGACCGGCCACCGUCUACCUGCAGAUCCUGCGCCUGAAGCCCCUGGGCGGGGAGGGCGGGCGGAGACACAUCCGCAUCCGCUCGCUCAAGAUCGAGCUGCAGUCCCGCAGCGGCCACUGGCAGAGCAUCGACUUCAAGCAGGUGCUGCAGAGCUGGUUCCGGCAGCCGCAGAGCAACUGGGGCAUCGAGAUCAACGCCUUCGACCCCAGCGGCACCGACCUGGCCGUCACCUCGUUGGGGCCCGGGGCCGAAGGGCUGCACCCCUUCAUGGAGCUGCGCGUACUGGAGAACAGCAAGCGGUCCCGGAGGAACCUGGGCCUGGACUGCGACGAGCACUCGGCCGAGUCCCGCUGCUGCCGCUACCCCCUCACAGUGGACUUUGAGGCCUUCGGUUGGGACUGGAUCAUCGCCCCCAAACGCUACAAGGCCAACUACUGCUCGGGCCAGUGCGAGUACAUGUUCCUGCAGAAAUACCCUCACACCCACCUGGUGCAGCAGGCCAGCCCCCGCGGCUCCGCCGGGCCCUGCUGCACCCCCACCAAGAUGUCCCCCAUUAACAUGCUCUACUUCAACGACAAACAGCAGAUCAUCUACGGCAAGAUCCCCGGCAUGGUCGUCGACCGCUGCGGCUGCUCCUAGGAGGUGUGGGAGAGGGGAUCUGGACCCCCACUCCUUGCCCCCCACCCCGCGGCCCUCCC